AUGGCACAGCUCCUCCAAGAAGAAGUGAUAGAGGAGGACCGGUUGGAGGGGCUGUUGGAGGAGGACGAGGGGGAGCAAGAGGAGGAGGGGGAGCAAGAGGAGGAGGAGGAGGAGCGCCAAGGACCAAUACCCGCGCCGUCUGGGCGGAAUGAGGAAGACGCGGAAGGAAAAUCGCUGGGCCUGGGCAGGGAAAAGCAUCAUAAGGGGGUGCCCGAGGGGGGCAAAGCGGAUGCGCGGGGGAGAAGGCAGGAGGAAGACGGGGAGAUGCAAGUGGUCGGCUUCACCCGGCAUGGGUCCUCAAUCGCCCUGCUGAAUACAUCGCAGACGAUGGUUUCGUCUUCUUCCUCCACCUGGGAGCCACGUCAACUUGCCACAGCACGUAGCCUAUUCAACGUGUCGGCUUCUCCUGAACCGAUGAUCGCCUCUAUGAGCUCUUUUCGGCCUUCAAAAGAAAAAAGCACAGGAAGGAAGGAUAUCGAUGUUGCGAGCCACAGCGAGAAGAAUCAAGUGACUGGGGAUAAGAGCCUCCAGCAGACCUCGAAAUGGUGGAUACCGUUCUGGGGGAAUCGCAUGGACAGCAGGGGUGCGGUUGCGAGAAAGAUAGAGGCUGAGAAGGGUGGAGCGAGAGAGAAGAAGGCCCAGGGCCACGAUCAAGGAAAAGGAGGACGCAGGGGGGGUCGGGGAGACCAGUCACUCACUAUGGAACUUUCAUCAUUGUGA